UGAGGGAGAGAGAGAGAGAGAGAGAGUAGAGAGAGAGAGAGAGAGAGAGAGGGAGAGUAGAGACUGAGAGAGGUAGAGACCAGAGAGGAGGGGGGAGGAGGAGGAGUCAGCUUGUCUUGUGUCUCCUGUGUCUCUGUAACAGGAGCAGCAGUUGGAGGUGAUGGUCUGUCUCUCGGCUCCAUCGGGUCAUGUUGUCCUGCCCGCGUGUCACCUUCAGCGGAGCAGCAGCGACGACGGCGGCUCGAGGACCCGAGGUCGUCGGGAUGAUGGGAGCGGAGGCGUGUCCUCACAAGCUGGCCUCGACCAAUCACCUUCGACUUCUGCUCUACAUCCUGAUCCCCACCGUCAGCCUGCUGGCCGGCCUGCUGCUGCUCGUCCUCGCACUCACAGGUAUCUUCGGCAGCAGCCUGGUGGACUCCAGCCCGCUCCCCUCGCCAGAGCCCAUCGCCGACAGCGACCACGGCUACCGUGGCAACAGCACAAACCCCUCCCCUUUCUUUGAAAACGUCACGGAUUCGCCGCGUUACCACGACGACGACGACGACGACGACGACGACGACGAUGACAUCACAUACAACCACAGCGCCGGCACACCUGCUGCCGCCGCCACCGGCGCUCCUCCAGCCUCCUCUCAGGCCCCGCCCACUCAACCCUACACACAGCCUCCUGAUUGGCUGACCUCUGUGACGUCACUGAGCACCAGCUGGCCGAUCGGCAGCACCCCCCCGACGCCGGACUCAGGUAGCUGUCAGCUGAUCGUGGAGCCUCAGUGUCACAUGUUGCCCUACAACCAAACAUGGCUGUCCUCCUCCGUCGCCGUGGUGAAGAGCUCCGAGGUGGACAUGUUGCUAAGGUUCUUCAGCUACCUCAGCAGACUGUCCUGCUACCGACACAUCAUGCUCUUCGGCUGCUCGCUGGCGCUGCCCGAGUGUUUCGCCGCCGACGGCACGCACAACAGGCGGGUGGUGCUGCCCUGCGCGUCGUUCUGCGAGGCGGCGAGGGAAGGCUGCGAGCCCGUCCUCCAGAUGUUCAACGCCUCCUGGCCCGAGUUCCUGCGCUGCUCGCAGUUCAGCAACGUCACCUUUCCUACGUCGACACCGUCGUCGCCAUCGUUGUCGCCAUCGUUGCCGCCAUCGUCGCUGCCCACGCCGACGGCAGUCCCCGCCCCUCACGCCUGUUACACGCCGAGACAGAUCAAAGGGAAACCCUCUGUGUGCGGCGGGAGGCACCACUUCCUGUGCGCGACGGGGAUUUGCGUCCCUCAGAAACUGGUGUGCAACGGGUACAACGACUGUGACGACUGGAGCGACGAAACGCACUGCGUGUGUACUGACGGAGAGUUUCGCUGCAGCACCGGUCGGUGUCUCUCGCCGGCGCUGGUGUGUGACGGCUACGACGACUGUGGAGACCUGAGCGACGAACUCAGAUGUGUGUGCGACGCGGCUCGUGAACAUCGCUGUGGUGACGGUCGCUGUGUGUCCAGAGACUGGCUGUGUGACGGAGACCACGACUGUCUGGACAAGAGCGACGAGCUCAACUGCUCCUGUAAGAGUCAGGGUCUGCUGGAGUGCAGGAACGGUCAGUGCAUCCCGUCUGCGUUUCGUUGUGACGGAGAGGACGACUGCAAAGACGGCAGCGACGAGGAGCACUGCAGCAGAGAGCAGACUCAGGGUGUGUGUGCUCCCGGUCAGCCCAGCUGUAUCUCCACUUCCUGUCCGUCAGUGUGUGCCGGUGGCGGCGCCGCCUGCGACCACCGAACCAACUGCACUCGCUGUGAGUCCAUCAGCCUGGAGCUGUGUAUGAACCUGCCCUACAACCUCACCAGCUUCCCCAACUACCUGGGCCACCAGUCCCAGAGAGAGAGCUCCGUGUCCUGGGAGUCCUCCCUGUUCCCCGCCCUGGUCCAGACCGGCUGCUACCAGUACCUCAUGUUCUACGCCUGCACACUGCUGGUGCCCAAGUGUGACCCGGUCAGCCUGCAGAAGGUCCCGCCCUGCAGGUCGUUGUGUCGUAAUGCGAAGGAGAAGUGUGAGUCGGUGCUCGGCAUUGUGGGAUUGCAGUGGCCCGAAGACUCCGACUGUAGUCAGUUUCCAGAGGAGGGAGGAAACACAACGUGUCUGCUGCCGGAGGACGGAGUCGACGAGUGCUCCCCGAGCCACUUCAAGUGUCGGUCGGGCCGCUGCGUCCUGGCGACCAAACGCUGUGACGGACAUCUGGACUGUGACGACCACAGUGACGAGGACAACUGUGGCUGUUCGGAGCGCUCUCUGUGGGAGUGUCCUGGCAGUAAGAUCUGCAUUAAAGCCAGUAUGAUCUGUGACGGGUUCCCAGACUGCCCCCUGCUGGUGGACGAGGCCAACUGCUCGGUGUGCAGAGACAACGAGCUGUCCUGUAACAACCAUCAGUGUGUCCAUCGGACUCUGUGGUGUGACGGCAGGAAACACUGUUCAGACAGCUCCGAUGAGUGGAACUGUGUGUCUCUGUCCGACCGGUCGGGUUCAGUACUGACGGUGUUCAGGACGGCAGCAGAGUACCAGGUGUGUGCAGACGAGUGGAACCACGAGCUGAGCAAACUGACCUGCAACCAGCUGGGACUAGGAGUUCCCUCCUCUGUUUCCAUGGUAGCCGAGCACCCUGGAGUCCCCGGCCGUCGCCGUUGGUUACACGUCCAUCCUGAGUGGAACCUGAGGAACGGUUCUGCUCUGCAGGCCCGACUGGAGAAGAGGAGUCAUGCCUGUCAUUCCAGGAGGAGAGUAUCAGUGCUGUGUACCAGAGAAGAGUGCGGGCUGCGCCCGACGGUGGGCGUCUACCCCCACAGGAAUAAGAGGAUUCUGGGAGGCCGGGUGUCCCGGCGGGGGGCGUGGCCGUGGCAAUGCUCGCUGCAGAGCGGUCAGAGCGGUCACGUCUGCGGCUGCGUCCUCAUCGACCGGCGGUGGGCUCUGACCGUCGCUCACUGCUUUGAGGGGAGGGAGAGUGCAGAUCUGUGGAAGGUGGUGCUGGGUCUGAAUAACCUGGAUCAUCCAGGUGUUCACAGUCAGAGCCGCGGAGUUCGCUCCAUCAUCGUUCACCCGCGCUACAACCGGGCCGUGGUCGACUACGACAUCAGCGUGGUGCAGCUGGAAUCCGAGAUCGAGGAGACGCCGUUCGUCAGACCGGUGUGUCUUCCUGAGCCCGCCAAGCUUCCUUCUCCUGACUCCUACUGUUACAUCAGCGGCUGGGGUCACAUGGGCAACAGGAUGCCCUUUAAGCUGCAGGAAGGAGAGGUUCGGAUCAUCUCGCUGUCUCAGUGUCAGUCUUACUUCGACAUGAAGACCAUCACUCCCAGGAUGCUUUGCGCCGGUUACGAUGCUGGAACCGUCGACUCCUGCAUGGGCGACAGCGGCGGCCCGUUGGUGUGCGAGGAAGGUAACGGUCGCUGGACGCUGUUCGGCCUGACGUCGUGGGGCAGCGUGUGCUUCAGUAAGGUGCUCGGACCCGGCGUGUACAGCAACGUGACGCACUUCACCCCCUGGAUCCAACAACAGAUCUACAUCCACACGUACCUGACCGACUGACACACACACACACACCUUCAGUUCCUCUACCUGUGCCUAUAUCUAUACUGAUAGCCUUCAGAUGCUAACUGCUAGAUGAGCAGUAGUAUAAACUAGUAUUACAGAUGCUAACUAGUUAGCUAAUAGAGCUGCAAGUAGACUUCAUACGAUUAACGUUCACCUAACACUGAAUAAUGAUUAUUUUUAUUACUCUGGGUUUGUUUCUCAGAAACAUGACGUAAUAAUAAACAACUACACACCUGAUGAAGUCAACCGCUGCUGAAUACUUCCUGUUGAAAUUUAAAUUUAAAAUUAGGACGUAGACGAUGACGACAGGACUUAUGAGGUGACGGAGGGACAUAGGAGACACAGGCGACAAUGUCUAGGCGUAGGCGACUUCGACAAGACGUAGGCGACAAUGUCAAGACGUAGGCGACAAUGUCAAGAUGUAGGCGGCAUCGACAGGAUAUAGGCGACAAUUACAAGACGUAGGCGACAACGUCAAGGCGUAGGCGACAAGGUCAAGGCGUAGGUGACAACAACAAGACGUAGGCGACAACGCCAAGACGUAGGCGACAAUGACGGGAUGUAGGCGACAACGUCAAGACGUAGGCAACAACUUCAAGGCGUAGGCGACAACGUCAAGACGUAGGCGACAACGUCAAGACGUAGGCGACAACGUCAGGACGUAGGAGACAACGACAGGACGUAGGAGACAACAAAAUGAUGUCGGCGAAACUGUCAAGGCGUAGGCAACAACAGAAGGCGUCGGUGACAACGUCAAGACGUAGGCGACAACGUCAAGGUGAAGGUGAUGACAAGACAUAGGCAACAACGACGGGACGUAGGCGACAACGUCAAGACGUAGGCGACAACGUCAAGACGUAGGCGAAAAUGACGGGACGUAGGUGACAACGUCAAGAUGUAGGCGACAACGUCAAGGCAUAGGCGACAACGUCAAGGCGUAGGCGACAACAUCAAGGCGUAGGCAACAACGACAGGACGUAGGAGACAACGACAAGACGUAGGUGACAACGACAAGGCGUAGGCUACAACAACAAGGCGUAGGCGACAACGACAAGGCGUAGGCGACAACGACAAGACUUAGGCAACAUCGACAAGGCGUAGGCGACAACGACAAGACUUAGGCGACAACAACAAGACGUAGGCGACAACGUCAAGGCGUAGGCGACAUCGACAAGGCAUAGGCGACAACGACAAGACGUAGGUGAUAACAACAAGGCGUAGGCGACAACGACAGGACGUACAAGACAGCGACAGGACGUAGGAGACAACAAAAUGAUGUAGGCGACACUGUCAAGGGCUAUGCAACAACAGAAGGCGUAGGUGACAACGUCAAGGCGUAGGUGACAACGUCAAGGUGAAGGCGACGACAAGACAUAGGCAACAACAACGGGACGUAGGCGACAACGUCAAGACAUAGGCGACAACGUCAAGACGUAGGCGAUGACAAAACGUAGGCGACAACAUCAAGACGUAGGCGACCACGUCAAGGCGUAGGCGACAACUUCAAGGCGUAGGUGAAAACGUCAAGGCGUAGGCGACAACGUCAAGGCAUAGGCGACAACGACAGGACGUAGGAGACAACGACAGGACGGAGGAGACAACAAAAUGAUGUAGGCGACAACGACAAGGCGUAGGCGACAACGACAAGGCGCAGGCGACAACGACAAGACGUAGGUAACAACGUCAAGGCGUAGGCGAAAACGACAAGACGUAGGCGACAACGGUGUACGAUGUGUGUAUAAUGUGAAAAGGCCCUCAGUAUUCAGUAGCGGUUAAAUUUCGCGGUUAGUUGCUUAUACAUUUUUAGUUAUUAUGGAGAUUCUUUGCUUCCUUGAACACGUUACUUGUACUUGUUAUAGAGCGCUGCAGGGUUGACGUAUUUUUGUCAUUGCAGGACUCAUUCCUGCAGCACUCUACUACUUUACAAGUAGCUUGGUGGCAGCAGUAACUCAGAGGAAUUACACUCCCUGAUGUUCUUACAGGAAGAUCUCUUUAUUAUAUUAUUAGAUUAUUGUUGCAUUAAUACAAAGUGAACUGAGCUCAUUGUUGGGUUUAUGUGUGUUGGAUGUAAACACACUCACUUUAUUUCCACGACAUCAUCCGAUCGUCUGCUUUGAGUGUUCAAACUUUUAAUGAUCAUACAAAUCACAACGUUCAGUCGUUCAGCGCUGAAUUUAUAAAAGCUGCUAUCUAAAACAGACUAGUUGAGCACUCGACUUCCCACAAUGCUUCACUCUAUAGUGCCUGUACUUAAACUUAGCAGUAAAAAAAAAAAACAACAACCUUGUUACCUGUACAAUGUCGUACUGUACGUGUGUGUGAGAAAGAGAGAGAGAGGAUUUUUUUGCUUCUAAACACACCAGCAACUUAUUUGGGCAACUUUGAUUGACAUUAUCUUUAUUCACACAUUUUAAUUCUAAUGUAACACAAAAAUAAUAUUUGUUUUGUCUUGUGCUGCUACGUCUGAUGUUACAAGUUAUUAAAAAAUCUCUCCUUUCAGGACUUCAGGACUCCGUACAGUCCAGACUUCAUCCAGAAAAUGUCACGUUUUAAAACUCAAUCAUAUUUUUUAAUCUAUAAAUUUAAAGGAUCUUAAAUGGAGUCAAACUAAAGUGCAAAAGAAAUAUAAAAAGCAGUUUGGGAAGCGUAACUGUAGCAUAUUGCUAAUGUAGAUAACUGAUGAGUGUUGAUUCAUGAACAGCUUCAGAUAUUAAUUUACAAACCAAUUUGCUCAAAUAGUGUACCUUUAAAAGAAGCCGUUUAGCUGGUUACCGAGCUAUUGCUCACGUUAGCUAGCAGACUCGCUAACACAGCAGGAGAAGGGUCGUGGCUAGAAGGUAACACGCAAACUGUGAAACUCUGGCGAGAUGGUGAAGGUUAGGAUAGGUUGUCGGGCAGCGAGUCUCGCGAAGGUUUUUGCACGUUUUGACUCAUAAUCAAAUGCAAAUUCAUUUAAAAACAAUGAUUUUUGUCUGAAGCCUGGAAGGUGUUUUUGAGAGCUAUAACAAUAUAUAACUAUUUAUCAAUAGUCUUUAUCACAUGUUUAAGGGAUGUCAACACAAUGUUGUCUAACAAACUAAAUCUGAAAUAUAAGAGUCCAAAAUUAAAUUACCUGCAUUAAACACAAUCUAUGACAUCCCUUAAAAUUAUGUUAAAAUGUUAACAUUGUUAAAUAUGUUCCAUUUAUUCAUGUACACAGAUUGUUAAUUUGAGAACAGAAAUGAUUUAAUUUGUCUGUUUCUCCUGACAGGCUUUGUAAAUUACAGAUUAUGUUAUUUCAAAAAUACAACUUUUUAUCAUCUUUUCACUUUUUAUUGCUUCUUCAUGACAUCAGGUUUGUUAAAAAAAAAUAAAUAAGAAAUGCAGAUUAUAGGAGCGUUUCGUUGAUUUUAAUCUAUACAUUUUUUAUAAAAUGUAUUUUAAGAGGAAAAGAAGAUUUGUGUCACAACAUGUUUCCAACCCAGUAGAAGAGUUGCCCAACAAAUUGCCCGGUGUGCCCGCCAUGCCGAUGUCUAACCGACAUCCAGAACAUUCCAAGUGGUUGUUGUUGUUGUUGUUGUUGUUGUUUUGUGUGUUUGGUUUUUUAAGAGUAUUUUUCUACAGCUUUUUGUAUGUCAUGCUUAUUACACAGGGCUGUUGGUAUGUGUGAUGUACAGACUGUACGUUUGUACGUGAUUUGCCUUGUGAGCGUGUUUCUGAUGUCACUUCCUGAUUUAGCUGUUACGACUUUGUUAUGAUGAUGAUGAUGAUGAUGAUGAUGAUGAUGAAGAGCGUUAUUGUUUAUGGAUUUAAUUAUGAACAGACUGUAUGUUUUGUGUAAACCGUGAAUAUUUGGUUUGUAUCACCUUGUAUCCCACCAAUAAAUCUAUACACACACUCCA